GCAGCAGCAGGUUUAACAACAUUAUGUGUUUGUCACACCGCUGAAACACUUCAGUCACCUCGCCCAUUUUUCUGGUUUUUCCUGAGAAAAAGGCCGGAAAUCCUUUUACAGUUCCAAUUUAUUAUCACAAAAGUCUGCCAUUUGUGUCAGUUUUGAACAAUGACGGAGGAGCAACUGAAUCGAGCCUUGGAUUUGAUGCGGCGUCUUCCACCCCAGCAGAUUGAGAAAAAUCUGAGUGACCUCAUUGACCUAGUUCCUGAACUGUGUGAGGAUCUUCUGUCAUCUGUGGAUCAACCACUAAAAAUUGCCCGUGAUAAGAGAGAAGGGAAAGAUUACCUUUUAUGUGAUUACAAUCGUGAUGGAGAUUCUUAUCGUUCCCCUUGGAGCAACACCUAUGAGCCACCUCUUGAAGAUGGCACACUGCCUACUGACAGGCUUCGUAGACUGGAGGUAGAAGCCAAUGCUGCAUUUGAUCAAUAUCGUCAAAUGUAUUUCGAGGGUGGGGUAUCCUCUGUUUACCUUUGGGACUUGGAUCAUGGGUUUGCUGGAGUCAUUCUUAUAAAAAGAGCUGGUGAUGGGGCUCGAAACAUCAAAGGGUGUUGGGACUCGAUUCAUGUCAUUGAAGUGCAAGAAAAGUCUACCGGCCGUUCGGCUCACUAUAAGCUUACUUCUACAGUAAUGUUAUGGUUGCAGACAAGCCGUCCCGGUUCUGGUACGAUGAACCUUGGUGGAAGCUUAACGCGCCAGAUGGAGCAAGACGGCACAGUAAGCGAACCAACGUCGCACAUUGUAAAUAUGGGGCGUUUGGUGGAAGAUAUGGAGAACAAAAUUAGGCACACUUUGAAUGAAAUCUAUUUUGGUAAGACUAAGGAUAUUGUCAACGGUCUUCGUUCCAUUCAGCCUUUGGCCGAUCAAAAGCAAAAGCAGGCUUUUAGCGAAGAUUUGGCUAAUGCUUUGCAGAAAAGGCAAGGAAAAAGCGAUCCCUAACUGAUACAUAAAUGAUUAACAUGCAUCUUCCUAUUAUUUUUCCUUAUACAACCCAAGUUUUCCCCUCCUGUAAAGUAUAACAUCCAUUAUCCAAUCGAGCUCGUUGUUGCCCGUUUUGCUUCAAUUCACAUGUUGAUUGAUUGGAAAAUAAAAAUUUGAAGUAAAUUA